UUUGUCGACGCCCACCUCCCAAACAGUGAAUGUUCCCGGUGUCCCCCACCCUCCUCUGCGACUCGCUUGUCUGAUCUCUAUUUGGACUCUCCGUAGUCCUGCGCAUCUAUCCUACCCUCUAUAUGGCAUCAUCUGGAGGCAAUGAGCGCCAUGACUAUACUGAAGGUGCCUCGGCCAUCGACAUCCAACAAGCCUUAACGGCAAGCGCGAGAGGAAGACGAGACUCUAGAUAUGGAGCAGAUGGCGAAGGCACAAUGUUCGACGGACCGGGCCACUGUGUGAAUCCCAGCAGUGCCUCGAGGAUGUCCCUAGACCACCGGCGAAGCAGCGACGCUUGGUCUCGAACAUCGAGGUCGCGCAGGGGAAGCGAGGAUGGCGGUGGGAGCCGUUCCAGGACCAGUCUGCAUCGUAGCCCCAGCAAGACUUCGUAUGGCUCCGUUGAUUUUGGUGACGACCACUCUGCAGGAGAAGACGACGGUGAGCCAGAGAGCCAUGGUAUGGCCAGGAGGCGUGCCAGCAGGCCUUCUUCUCCCCCACCGCAGAAGCACGGCGUCCUCGAGAACAUCGCAAGCAUGUUCACGAGGAAUGCUACGGUCAUUGAAUCACCACCUCGUAGUCGCCGUCCGUCAAUUGCGAGCCGUACAUCCAGAACGAGACUACUCCGGCGACACAGCAGCAGGCGCUCCGAGGCUAGUUCAGACUACGCGGUCGAAUCGGGGGAUGAGGGGGACAGCAGGUGGGGCUACUCGUCUGGGGAGGAAGAUGAAAGCGAAGGCUCCGAGGAUGUCGAUGAACUGCGUGCAAUGGCCAGCGAUAGCGAGCUUGACUUUGGCUCGUAUCCCCCAUCGCCGAGCGGCGGACCUGGACUACCUCUACUUGCUGGUGACGAUAUCUUCGGUGGGGAGACCAGACUAGAGAUAGGCGACUUUGAGGUACUGGAGCCCCCACCUCCCGGGCCGCCUAGCAGACAAAUUAUCCACCUUGCGGACGAAGACACUGACAUACGCUUCAUUGGAUUCGAAAUUGUCGCAUGGAACCAGUGGGCUUGGAGAGCCUGCUGCAUUUUGACCUGCGGUAUAUUAGCGUUGCUCGGACACUGGUUCCCUCGAUUGUGGCUGCGUUGGGUCGCCCACGAGAAGGCUUUCAAAGACGCGCAAAAUGGUUUUGUUGUCGCUGAGACUGUAUACAGAGAUCUUGCCUUAAUACAACUACAAACACUAGACUACCCGUACGACCUUUCGACAGUAUUCCCCUCGCUGGUCGACCCCGCUGCCCGCCUGCCGCUGUCAAGGCGGCCUUCGCGUACUCAGAUCCAGAACGGAAACGGCGAUGUUUCGCAGAAACUUGAUACUCUUCUAGUCGUGGAUUAUCGGUAUACUCGAUUUGCGCUAGAUCCUCGGACGGGGUUGUUUUCCCCUGUGAAAGAUUGGCGAGAUCCAGACUGGACGGGUGUCAGCUCUGUUCAACAUGGGUUAACCAUGGAAGUCCAAACCCAGCGACGUACACUGUUCGGGCUCAACGCCAUAGAGAUAGAAGGGAAAUCCACGAUUGCCCUACUAAUUGAGGAGGUCAUCCACCCAUUCUAUGUAUUCCAAAUUGCUAGUAUCAUUCUGUGGUCCUUGGAUGAUUACUACUAUUACGCGUUCUGCAUCCUCUUGAUAUCGGCCAUCAGUAUCACGACCACUCUUGUCGAGACGAAGAAGACUAUUGCUCGCAUGCGAGAAAUGUCUAGAUUCUCGUGUCCCGUCAAUGUCUACGUAGACAAUGGAUGGAUUGAGCGAGAGUCGUCAACCCUCGUUUCUGGAGAUAUUGUCAACUUGAUCGAUCCUCCAUUGUCUGUUUUGCCCGCUGACAUGUUCCUUUUGUCGGGUGAUGCCAUCGUCAACGAGAGUAUGCUCACGGGAGAGAGUGUCCCUGUAGGAAAGGUACCCGUCAAGGAUGCAGACCUUGCUAGGUACAAGGACGACAGGGACGUCAGUGGCGAUAGCGCGAAGAGCUUCCUCUAUGCAGGGACCCGCGUCGUCCGUGUGAGAGGUUCUCUGGCUGCUGAUGGAAGCCUCAGGACACCAGCUCUAGGGCUCGUGGUGAGGACCGGGUUCAACACUACGAAGGGAGCCCUGGUCCGAUCUAUGUUGUUCCCCAAGCCCAUGGGCUUCAAGUUCUAUCGAGACUCCAUAAGGUUCAUAUUGGUAUUGACGGGCGUCGCUGGGUUGGGCUUCUGUGCAAGUGCCGUUCAGUUCGUCAGGCUAGGAGUUCCGUGGCAUACCAUACUCAUUCGAGCGCUAGAUCUCAUCACCGUGGUCGUACCUCCUGCUCUUCCCGCCACGCUCUCCAUUGGCACCAGCUUCGCAAUCAGCCGACUUCGAAAGCUGGGCAUCUUCUGCAUCUCCCCAAGCCGCGUUAAUGUCGCCGGGCAGAUCAACGUCUGCUGCUUCGACAAGACUGGCACGCUCACGGAAGAUGGACUCGAUAUCCUCGGCGUGCGCGCCAUCGAGCGAAAUACGGACAGCUUCGGCGAGCUCCUCGAGGACAUCCACGACUUGCCCUACAGUCAGCAUAAGGCGAAUUUCCUCUACGCGCUGGCGACCUGCCAUUCUCUGAAGAAAGUCAACGGCGAGGUCAUCGGAGACCCGCUUGACGUUAAGAUGUUCGAAUUCACGAAGUGGACACUAGAGGAAGGAGAUCUCGCUGGUACCGGUGUCAUCAAGAGUCGUGCUGGAGGCGACCGCCCGGCUGCUCUGGUGCAGACAGUGGUGCGACCACCUGGGAGCGCUCAAUUCAGGGUUGAAGACGCGCUUAAAGGCGGCAGGCAUGCGCACUUCCUUGAACUGGGUGUUAUUCGCGCCUUCGAAUUCGUCUCUGCUCUGCGCAGGAUGAGCGUCGUUGUCAAGCGGCUCAAGAGCCAUAGUAUGGAGAUCUAUGUCAAAGGGGCUCCGGAGGUCAUGGCAGACAUCUGUGACAAGGACUCCUUCCCGCAAGACUACGAGGACCUCCUGUCUUACUACACACAACGUGGAUAUCGAGUCAUUGCCAUCGCGGGGAAGAGCGUGGAAGCGUUGACGUGGCUGAAAGCUCAGAAGCUGAAGCGUGAGCAAGCUGAGUCCGGCCUCCGCUUCCUUGGUCUAGUCAUUUUCGAAAACAAGUUGAAACCCGGGACGACGCCAGCCAUACAGGCUCUGCGUGCUGCGCACUUCGCAUGCAGGAUGAUCACGGGCGACAAUCCACUAACUGCUGUGAGCGUAGCUAGGGAAUGCGGCCUCAUCAAUCCCGCUGCACAUGUCUUCUCUCCAGUAUUCAUCCGAGGCAAUGCGAGCACGCCUUUGUCGAAGCUGAGGUGGCCAUGUACGGAUGACGUUGCUUGGGAGCUUGACGACUACAGCCUCAAGCCUCUACCUCCUCCUGCGCAUCAUACCGUCGACGAGGACGAGCUUGACUUCCACGAUUAUACACUUGCCAUUUCCGGAGACGUGUUUCGCUGGAUGGUGAAUCAUGCGCCUUUAGAGACACUUCAGCGCAUGCUCGUCAAGUGUCAGGUUUAUGCAAGGAUGUCGCCGGACGAAAAGAAUGAGGUUGUCGAGCGCUUGCAAGGGCUGGGAUACACCGUCCUGAUGUGCGGAGAUGGUGCAAACGACUGUGCUGCGCUCAAGGCAGCGGACGUUGGAUUGUCGCUAUCGGAGGCGGAAGCCUCUGUGGCUGCGCCGUUCACAAGUCGGACACCUGAUAUUAACUGCGUGCUCGAAGUGAUCAAGGAGGGGCGCGCAGCCCUCGUGACGAGCUUCAGCUGCUUCAAGUAUAUGGCACUGUAUUCGCUGAUCCAGUUCACCACGAUCACAUUGCUAUACUCCUUCGCAUCGUCUCUGGGUGAUUUCCAGUUUCUGUACAUCGACCUGUUCAUCAUCAUACCCAUCGCUGUCACCAUGGGUCGCACCGCACCCUUCCCGAAAAUACACCCCAAGCGUCCGACCGCCAGCCUAGUUUCCAAGAAGGUACUCUCGAGCCUCGCUGGUCAAAUCAUCAUCACGUCGACAUUACAAUUCUGGGCAUUCAUUUGGGUACGACGACAGGAAUGGUAUCAACCGCCACCUCCGAAUGACCCAAGCGCAGAUGACAACAAGUUGGAGGCGACCAACUUUGAGAACUCCACGCUGUUCCUGGUAUCGUGUUUCCAGUACAUCCUGGUGGCAGCAGUCUUCAGUAUCGGGCCUCCUUACCGCCGGCCAAUGUGGACAAAUGGUCUCCUCAUGAUGUCCAUCAUCGUUCUGUCGCUGUUCAACAUGCUCGUCUUGUUAUCCCCUCCCCGUCCGGUCGCCAGCCUGUUGGAGCUCGUUCCGCUCCCACCCUCUGCACGAACAUCUAUCCUGGUCAUGGUCAUUGUCAACAUCGCGCUGUCCAUGGCGUACGAGCAGUGGGCGACUCAGGCCGUCUCAAGGAUGGUCGGGUAUCUCAUGGAAUUUCGUCAGCACCAACGUGUGAAGAACGGUAAGAUGUACAAAGCUGUGGAGGGAGGCAUGCGAUGACGGCGGCGAUGCCUUUGGAUUGAUGAGCUCCUGCCAUUAGCCCGUAUGUGCGUUCCGCCGAACAAUGCCUCUGUAAUCCUCUGAUACGGGGAGCCGUGAUUGACGUUAUGUUACAUGUCGUUGGCUGUGUUACUAUAUUCAAUGCUGUCGUGCAAACAUACUUUUCAUCCUUGGUAUUGAGACUUCAAGUUGGCCUUGGGCGUACAACCUGAGGGUGUUCGGCCCUUUCAACUA